AUGACCGGCAGGAAGUUGGACGAGCACGUUGCCUCAAACACGGCGCGCCACAUCAUCUUGUACCAGGCGCGAUCCUCGAACGCAAACGCCUCGCACGACGAGAUGAACAGGGGGAACACCAUGAUGGGCACAACAGACCCGGACGUUAUUUUGAUGCUAGAGAUGUGGCUUUUGAUGAUGGACGCCAGCUUAGUGGGUCUCAUAUGGGGCUUGAUUUGCGGGAACACCUUCUGCAGCAGCAGCAAGCUAGAGUGUCUAUGA